UUUGGAGAGGGAGCAGGUACUCAGGGUUCUGUGUGUCUAUUUUGAUGAGAGGUUGACCUGGGCUGAUCAUAUUGAAAAAGUGUUUGCCAAGUGCAAGAAGUGUGUGUGAACACGUAUGUGGUUCUGGUUAGAGCAGUUAUAGAUUCUGGGUGUAUUGUCUAUGGGGCAGCAGCUCUUCUCUGACCCAGCUAGAUACAGUGCAAGCCCAGGUCCUAACACUGUGCAGUGGGGCAGUAUGAGGACAGGGUGGGAGCUGACUUAGCUGAGAUGUUUUAUAGUCGGGUGCUUUCUGUGUACAACGGAUGACUACAAAAUAUUCACAGGUGAGUCAAAAGAUCCACAGUCUGGUUGAACAGGGCAGCGUUUGUUGUACCUGAUAGGGAGGUCAUGGUCUAAGAGUGCUUUUAAGAUCACUUGGCUGUAUUUACAGUGGAGCUGUUGGUGAUGUGACUGGCCUUACAGUGGAUGGAGGAGGUUGGAGUGGUUAUAUGCUCAGACUCUAGUGCAGUUCUGAUGAGUGUACAGUCCUAAACAUCCCACAGUAGACAGGACCUGCUGUAUGAGGUGCUCCGAGGUCACAAUGGUGUGAGGAGGAUGGGGGUGUGGGUCAAACUGAUGUGGGUUCCAGAGUGCAGACAGUCUGGCUAAGCAGGCCCUCAGGGAGGAGGGGGAUGAGGUGAUGGUGUCUAUCAGUAAGGCAGAGGCUGAGGCCCUGAUAUGGACAGAGGGAAAGGGAGAGGUUAAAGGUGAGUCUGAGGGCUCAGGGCAUUACAGGACUGAUGGUGGAGGCCUUGUUGUGGGAUUGUACAAGCAGAGAGAGAUCUUUACUGGUCGUUUUCUAAGAGAAACCAGACCAAUGGGGAGGAUUUACAUGUCUGUCUCUGGACCACACUCCAUUACAGUAGGUGGUGCUAGUAGACGUACAACACAAAUCUGCUUAAAACGAAGAAUAAAAAUAAUAAUAUGUUGUUCAAACUACAACAUAUCUGAAAGAAUGCACUUCACUGCCUGACCUGUGAAACAGAAGAAACAUUCUUGUUGUAAAACAUCAACACAGGAUAAACUGUCAGGAAUAUACAUUCAAUCAAAGUUUGCUGUAUUUGGUUAAGAAAUGGAACAUUAAAUCAUUUAUAAUGUAUACAAUUAUAUUUUACUACAAGUAUUCAACACAUUUUGCUGUGCUGAUGGUAUUAGAAGUUGAACUGUAUAUGUUCCAAGUAGCUUGACAGAGAAUGUAUGACUGCAGUGUAAUAUAUCUAACAUGUCAGUUCUCCAUCAUUGUUUCAGCUGAAGAGUAUUUACAAAUUGAAAGCCCAGAGGACAAGAGGAGAAGAGAGGAAUCUGCUUGUUUGCUUGAAAUACAGCUAGACUAUAAAUGUCCAGAGGACAUUCACAGAUUAAAAAAGAGUUUGAAAGGGAAGGACAAACAACUAGGAGAGAGAGAUGAACUGCUGAAGAAGAGAGAUAAAGUGUGUGAUGAGAAAGACAAGCAGCUGAAGGAGAAAGAUGAAGAACUAAAGAGGAGGCAGGAGGAACUGGGAGAGAAAAACAAACAACUAGAAGAGAGAGACCAACGACUGGAGAGACUAGAGAGUGAAGGUAAAGAGACACAGAAGAGACUGGAAGAGAAGGACAAACAACUAGGAGAGAGAGAUGAACUGCUGAAGGAGAGAGACAGACAUGUGGAAAAUGUCAAAAAUGAAAACAUUAAACUUGCACAGCAGAUAUGUGACCUAAACAUUGAGGUAGAGAGACAGAGAAAUGAGUUAUCGGUUAAAACCACUGAGAGAGGAGAGAUCUCAGUAGCAGAACCCAAACUACCAAUUAGGAAGAGAGACGGCAUGGACGAGCCUCCAAACAUGGGAGGAGAGACCCCAGAUACAGACCCACCACUACCACAGGAUGAAGGUUCUACUGUGGUCCCUGGAGUCAGGAGGAGACACAGCAUGGAAAAGCCUCCAGACAUGGGGGGAGAGAGCAGCAGUCCAGACCCUCCAGUGUCUCCCAGUGUGUCUGAGCUGAGACUGGUGCUGCUGGGGAGGACUGGGGCUGGGAGGAGGGCAGCAGGAAACACCAUCCUGGGCAGAGAAGAGUUUGGGGCCCAGGACAGCCCCUCUGCAGUCACCCAGAGGGGUAGGAGGAGAGAGGGGGACGUGUGUGGGAGACGGCUGGUGCUGGUGGACACUCCAGACUGGUUCUGCCCUGGACUCUCUCUGGAGGAGAUGAGACAGGAUGUGGGGCUGUGUGUCCGUCUGUCCGCCCCGGGACCCCACGCCUUCCUCCUGGUCGUACCAGUGGAGGCCUCUGAGGGGGAGGAGAGAGGAGCCAUGGAGAGAUUGGAGGACAUGUUUGGAGAGGGUUGUUGGGGGCACACUGUCAUUCUGUUCACCCAUGAUGACAGUCUGAGAGAGCAGAGCAUGGAGGAGUUUCUCCAAACAGCAAGUCAGGACCUCCAGCAGCUUGUAGAGAAAUGUGGGAACAGGUACCACGUCCUCAACAUGAAGGACAGGGCCCAUGGCACUCAGGUCCCAGAGCUGCUGCACCAGGUAGAGGAGAUGGUGGCAGGAAACAGAGAGAGCUUCUACAGCAGUCAGACCUACCAGGAGGCAGAGGCCCAGGUCACAGAGAUGAAGGGAAAGAUUCAGAGGGAGAGAGAGGAGAAGAUACAGAGGGAGGAGACAGAGAGGAAAGAGAAGUUUGAGACAGAGCUGCAGAACUCUCUGAAGAAGAUAGAGGGAGUGAUCCAGGACCACGAGGGAGACAUCCGAACACUCAGCCAUCGAACAUCUGAACUGGAGAGACAGGUGAAGGAAGAGAGGGAUGAGGAGAAGAAGAGAGAGCUGGAGAGAGAGCUGAAGAGAGAGACUGACCAGAGAGAGGAGAUGGAGAGAAAGCUGGAGAGAUUUAGAGAGAAGAGAGAGAAUGAGAGGAGGGAGAGGGAGGAGAGACACAGGCAGGAGAUGGAGGAGUUCAGGGAGAACUAUGAAGGAGAGGCCAGAGUUGAAGCAGAGAGAAACCUGAUGAAGGUGGUCCUACCUGAGCUGCAGAGGAGCAUCAUGAUCUCACACACUAAGAUGCAGAGAGACUUCAACAGACAGAUUCAGGAGAAGGAUAGAGAGAUGCAAAAGAAGGAUAUAGAGAUGGAUAGACUUCAGUAUAAAUUAAUAGAUCUCAGUACUAAGUUUUUAGAUGAAGUCCAUGAAGUUAGUGCAUGGAACAAGUCUUACCUAGGACCAGAGGAGGAGGUGGAGGAAGAAGUUACUGACACAACUCCUCUUUAUAGAGGUGGGAUUGAACAGCUGACAUAGCCAGAGAAUUGAGAUUGAUUCAUACUGUGAUAAUGUCUGUAAAUAUCCUUUUAUUCUGUGUAUCUGCUGUUAAACUUGUUAAGAUCCUGGACAAAUGGUUAUUCGGGAAUUCUGUAAUCAUCAACUAACUUAAAAAAAAACAUUUAAGCAUUUAUAUUUUAUACUACCUAUUAAAUAAUACAACAUAC